CCCCCCAAUCUCUCCACUCUCCGGCUCUCCUCCCUCCCUCCUCCCCCCUCCACCCUCUGGGCCGGAUCUCGUCUCGCUGAGGCGGAGGAGGAGAAGGAGGAGGACGUUCGGCUUGCGCAGUGAGAUGUUUGUCCGUCGCCGCCGCCGCCGCCAUCGCGGAGGAGCGCGAUAAAGGGAGCUGAGCCGGGCGUGAGGGGGACCCCGCGGAGCAGCCGCGUCAGCGCAGCCCCCCCGCCAGCUGAGCCCCAGCCGCCGGAGCCCGAGUCGCCGCCGCCUCCGCCGCGGCCGCCCAGGGGCCGGCCAGCUCCCCAGCCCAACCGGGGGCCGCGCCGCCGCCCCCAGCGUCGCCCCUCGUCCGCCCGCCCGCCUUAAAUGUGACACCGGCGCCUCGGAGUGCGACCCACAGCCGCCGCCGGGGAGGGGACGAGCACCAUGUCGAAUCUGAGCAAAGGCACGGGCAGCCGAAAGGACACCAAGAUGCGGAUCCGGGCCUUUCCGAUGACCAUGGAUGAAAAAUAUGUAAACAGCAUUUGGGACCUUCUGAAAAAUGCAAUUCAAGAAAUCCAGCGUAAGAAUAACAGUGGUCUUAGUUUUGAGGAGCUCUAUAGAAAUGCAUAUACAAUGGUUUUGCAUAAACAUGGAGAAAAGCUCUACACUGGACUAAGAGAAGUUGUUACCGAACAUCUCAUAAAUAAGGUGCGAGAGGAUGUACUUAAUUCAUUGAAUAACAACUUUCUUCAAACGCUAAAUCAAGCUUGGAAUGAUCAUCAAACAGCUAUGGUGAUGAUUAGAGACAUACUAAUGUAUAUGGACCGUGUAUAUGUACAACAAAACAAUGUGGAGAAUGUCUACAACUUGGGAUUAAUUAUUUUUCGGGAUCAAGUUGUGCGAUAUGGCUGUAUUAGGGAUCAUCUACGACAAACAUUAUUGGAUAUGAUCGCAAGAGAGCGGAAAGGAGAAGUUGUAGACCGAGGCGCAAUAAGAAAUGCGUGCCAGAUGUUAAUGAUUUUAGGUCUUGAAGGACGAUCAGUCUAUGAAGAAGAUUUUGAGGCUCCUUUUUUGGAAAUGUCUGCAGAAUUUUUUCAGAAUCAUCCUUCCUAUUUGCAGAUGGAAAGCCAGAAAUUUUUAGCAGAAAACAGUGCUUCAGUUUAUAUAAAGAAAGUAGAAGCUAGAAUUAAUGAAGAAAUAGAACGGGUGAUGCACUGCCUUGAUAAAUCAACCGAAGAGCCAAUUGUAAAGGUGGUGGAGAGGGAACUUAUUUCCAAGCACAUGAAAACUAUAGUAGAAAUGGAGAAUUCUGGGCUAGUACAUAUGUUGAAAAAUGGAAAGACAGAAGACCUUGCUUGUAUGUACAAGUUAUUUAGUCGUGUGCCAAAUGGUUUGAAAACGAUGUGUGAGUGUAUGAGUUCCUAUUUGAGAGAGCAGGGUAAAGCCCUUGUUUCUGAAGAAGGCGAAGGAAAGAAUCCUGUUGACUAUAUCCAGGGCUUAUUGGAUCUGAAGAGUAGGUUUGAUCGCUUCCUGCAGGAAUCAUUUAAUAAUGACCGACUCUUUAAACAAACUAUUGCGGGUGACUUUGAGUAUUUUCUCAACCUCAACUCCAGGUCCCCUGAAUACCUCUCAUUAUUUAUUGAUGAUAAGUUGAAAAAGGGAGUCAAAGGGCUAACAGAACAAGAAGUAGAAACAAUAUUGGAUAAGGCAAUGGUCCUAUUUAGGUUUAUGCAAGAAAAAGAUGUAUUUGAACGUUAUUAUAAACAACACUUGGCAAGGAGACUUCUUACAAAUAAAAGUGUUUCUGAUGACUCUGAAAAAAAUAUGAUAUCUAAGUUAAAGACUGAGUGUGGAUGUCAAUUCACAUCAAAACUGGAAGGAAUGUUUAGGGAUAUGAGCAUCUCAAAUACAACUAUGGAUGAAUUCAGGCAACAUCUACAGGCAACGGGGGUAUCAUUAGGUGGUGUUGAUCUCACAGUCCGGGUGCUCACAACAGGAUAUUGGCCCACUCAGUCAGCCACACCAAAGUGCAACAUCCCACCAGCACCAAGACAUGCUUUUGAGAUAUUCAGGAGGUUUUACUUAGCGAAACACAGUGGUCGGCAGCUCACACUCCAGCAUCAUAUGGGUUCUGCAGAUCUCAAUGCCACCUUUUAUGGACCAGUCAAAAAGAAACAGGAAGAUGGAUCUGAAGUUGGUGUUGGAGGGGCACAAGUCACUGGCUCUAAUACACGGAAGCACAUACUGCAAGUCUCCACUUUCCAGAUGACCAUAUUAAUGCUCUUUAAUAAUAGAGAAAAAUAUACAUUUGAGGAAAUUCAACAAGAAACGGAUAUCCCUGAAAGGGAACUUGUUAGAGCCCUGCAGUCCCUCGCCUGUGGUAAACCAACACAACGGGUUCUCACAAAAGAACCCAAGUCAAAGGAAAUAGAAAAUGGUCACAUAUUCACAGUUAAUGAUCAGUUCACAUCCAAACUACACAGAGUCAAGAUUCAAACAGUUCUCAGAAAAAAUGCCUUGAUUGUCAACCAACACUUCACUUUUCAACCUGACAUCCCUUUUAUGCUGAUACCUCAGCAUGACUAAAAGGGGUUUUCAGGCAACAAACAAAAGAAAAAAUGCUUUUGUUGCUGGCAAAAUCCACAUUGAUGAUAACCACAAUUUUAAAAUGUAAAUAGGCCAUCAAGAGUGUUAAUGUUGCUAAGGAUGUGAAAGUGCUCAAAAAACAACAAUCACAGGCAGUUGAAUAGGUAGAAAAACUGUUGAUUUGACCAAAAGCAUUUCGCUGAUGAUAGAAAUUUCGAGGCAGUGAUAUAUGAAAAAUUCGUUUAAGGCUAGUGGGAGUGGUUCAGUAAAUUUAAGAAAAGAAGUGUUUUUAAUUUAAACAGUACCUUAGACAUGUGCUGUAUGAAAGGUUAAAAUGGAAUCAUAUGGGGGUCUGGAAUGAAUUCAAUUUACAUUAUUUCUAAUGGGAAAAAAAUGAUUUGGUUUUCUAAUCACUUCUUGAACAGCCUUCUUGGAAUGAAUUAAGUUCUAGAAACAAGGUUUUGCUGUAGUUUUUCGCAGGGGAUAUUACUAAUUUAUAUUAUUUGUUUAUAAGCCACAUUUUUUCAUUACAUUUGAAAUUACAUGAUAAUCAUAUAAAUGUCUUUAUUUCUCUUUUAGUUGCUGCCAAACAAGGUGAAUCUGACCCAGAACGGAAAGAAACAAGGCAGAAAGUAGAUGAUGACAGGAAACAUGAGAUAGAAGCUGCUAUAGUGCGG